GCUAUACCCUGCAGAUGAGGACUCUGAGCCUCGGUAUUCUUCUCGUGUCCGGUUUCUUUUCUUUGCCCCACAAACACUGACGCUCUUUAUGAAGCCCAUGUGCACGGGACACGGUGGAUUAAACAUCCUCGCAGGCUGAACUUGUCUGGUGUGAGAGCCGGUGAUGUUAUGCACAGGGUGUGUGCCAGGUGAACCUUUGUUUCCGACGCUCCCAUUUGGCUCUGCCACAAAAAAAUGACAUUUUUCCGCAGACUUCUGCGCAGACGACUGCACCCAUGGAAGCUUGCCAUCGUGGCAUUAGUAUUUGUGACCUUCCUGUUUCUAAUGCAACGAGAAGUGGUCAGUCAGAACCCCCAAGACGAUCCCUGGCUGAAAGAGAUUGCGGUGAAACGGGACGCUGUUUUUGGGAUGGUGAUGGGCGCGAUGAAUAACUUCCGUGAGGCUAUGCCAAAGAUGCAGAUUAAAGCUCCGAUGAGGCAGCAGCAAGGCGAGGGCAGCACGGCCUGUCUAUCUGGGUUUUACACAGCCGCCGAACUCAGACCAGUCCUGGAAAGACCCCCGCAGAACCCCAGUGCCCCGGGGGCUUCCGGAAAGGCCUUUCACACUGAGAAUCUGGGUCCAGCUGAGCAGAAAGAGAAAGAGAGGGGAGAGGAGAAGCAUUGCUUUAACUUGUACGCCAGUGAUCGGAUCUCACUUAGCAGAGACCUUGGGCCUGAUACGAGACCUCCAGAAUGCAUCGAGCAGACGUUCAGACGCUGUCCACCCCUUCCAACCACAAGUGUGAUCAUCGUGUUCCAUAACGAGGCGUGGAGCACACUACUGCGGACCGUCUACUCUGUCUUACACACCUCCCCUGCACUCCUGCUCAAAGAGAUCAUCCUUGUAGAUGACGCCAGCACUGAUGAGCAAUUAAAGGACGAACUGGAUGAGUAUCUGAAACAGUUGCACAUCGUCCAUGUGGUACGUCAGCGUGAGCGAAAAGGCCUCAUCACUGCUCGACUUCUUGGGGCAUCUGUGGCUACAGGAGACACCCUCACCUUCCUGGAUGCCCACUGUGAAUGCUUCCACGGAUGGCUUGAGCCCCUGUUGGCUCGGAUAGCAGAGAACUCCACAGCUGUAGUGAGUCCUGACAUCACCACCAUAGACCUCAACACAUUUGAGUUCAUGAAACCAUCACCCUACGGACAGCACCAUAACCGCGGAAAUUUCGACUGGGGUCUGUCCUUUGGCUGGGAGACUCUUCCCGAUCACGAAAAACAGAGGCGCAAAGAUGAGACGUACCCUAUUAAGACGCCAACAUUUGCCGGGGGACUCUUCUCCAUUUCGAGAGAUUACUUCUACCACGUUGGAAGCUAUGAUGAGGAAAUGGAGAUUUGGGGAGGAGAAAAUAUCGAAAUGUCCUUCAGGGUGUGGCAGUGUGGUGGGCAGCUGGAAAUCAUCCCCUGCUCUGUCGUUGGUCAUGUGUUCCGAACAAAGAGCCCUCACACCUUCCCCAAAGGCACACAGGUGAUCGCUCGCAACCAGGUGCGACUUGCUGAGGUCUGGAUGGAUGAUUAUAAACAGAUCUUCUACAGGAGAAACCAGCAGGCGGCUCAGAUCGCCAAAGAGCAUUUGUUUGGUGAUGUCUCCAAGCGUGUAGAUCUCCGGGAAAAGCUUCAGUGUAAGAGCUUUUCCUGGUAUUUGAAGAACGUCUAUCCGGAGGUCUUCAUGCCCGAUCUCAAUCCACUGCAUUUUGGCGCGAUAAAGAACGUGGGGAAGGAGGCUUGUUUGGACGCUGGAGAGAAUAAUGAGGGAGGGAAGUCUCUGAUCAUGUACCCCUGCCACGGGAUGGGAGGAAACCAGUAUUUCGAGUAUUCGACCCAUCAUGAAAUACGACACAAUAUUCAGAAGGAGCUGUGUCUGCACACGACCGAUGGAAUCGUCAAAUUAGAGGAGUGCCAGUAUAAAGGUUACAACACCAUGACAGGACCUCAGCAGAAAUGGGAGCUGAGAGAGGAUCAGCUGUUCUUUAACAAGGGCUCAAAACAGUGUUUGACUGCUCGAAAUGAGAACCCCUCUCUGGUGCCCUGCAAUCCAGCUGACAAAUACCAACUCUGGCUCUUUGCCUGAGUGCAGGGACCAUUGAGACACACAAACACACACACACACACACACACACACACACACACACACACACACACACACACACACACACACACACACACACACACACACACACACACACACACACACACACACACACACACACACACACACA